AUGGCACGGCUGCGUGAGGCGCUGGAUGGUGGGAAGGCUGAAGAACUUGUCAGUGGCAUUCUGGACGGCCCUGGGGCAUACAGUGCCGUGCUGAAGGAGCUCGACCAGUGGUUUGGCGGCGACAACCGGGAGCUGGAACGGCAACAGCAGGAACUAUUGGCCAGUCCCCGGAUCUCUCUGGAAGAUGACACAACAGCUUUGCAGCGACUUGCAGUGAAGCUGAGAAACGUUCUGCCUAACCUGAAAACGGCCAACGUCGUACCCGGACGCGAACUGUACAUAGCAGUGUCUCAGAAGCUCCCAAGACGGAUGCUGUCCCGAUUCCUGGAUCGGUAUGAUGACCAGAGCUGUGAUGCGGAGGUGUUGUCUACCUGGCUGCUGAAGCAGGUGCACAGAGCGCAGCAGGUGGAUGCGCGCCUCGCACUGCCCAGAGAGGCCACCACAGCAUCUACCCGCAAGCCGUACGACGUCCACAGCAGCAGAGCGCCCAGCUCAGGUCGGCACGCAACCCAACAUGCAUUCCAUGCCUCGAGGGGUAAGCCAGCGGAGACUCCCAAUGCAUGUUUCAAGUGUGACGGUAAUCAUCUCCUGAGCCAGUGCCCCGCCUUCACAGCAAUGUCGGUACGAGAACGCUGGGAUUUAGUGAAACCUACACCUCUCUGUAUUUGCUGCUUGCGACCUGGCCACCGUAGCAUGUCCUGUAGCGGGUCCACCUGCGCAAAGUGCAACGGCAAGCACCAUGCACUGCUGCAUUUCGACAAGUUCAGCAGCAACAAGCUUAAGCAGAAGCAGUCUAAUAGCAGUAACAGUCAGGGCAAGGUACCUGUCAAGGAGCAAGUUCUGCAUGUGUGCCGCUCGCAACCACGACGAACGUCUCUCCCUGCCAUAUCAUUCAUGACAGUCCCGGUCACAGUUCGCAACGGGAGUCAAGAAACCGUAUGCAGAGCACUACUUGAUCCGGCAUCCACCAGCACAUAUAUCAAAGCCGCAGUGGCUGAAGCUAUCGGCUUGACUGGAGAUCCGGAACCGCUCCAAGUGACCACACUUGGUGGCAGCCAGAUGGAGGCCAUGCACCGACGCGCACCGGUGACCAUUCAAAGUACAGACAGCAGCUUGACCCACCUGAUCAGCGCUUGGGUUCUGCCAUGUGUCACAGCCGACACCGUGGCCGUCGACUGGAGUCAACACCAAGAUGCCUGGAUGCAUCUGCACGCCAUACCAUUCCCAACUAUGGACACCGGCGACAUUGGUCUGCUGAUUGGCGUGGAUGCUGCGCCACUCCAUACAGCGCUGGUAGAGCGACGAGGCCCCGAUGAUGCGCCGAUUGCCCGUCGGACCCCGCUCGGUUGGGUUUGCUAUGGCCCCACAGGUACAAGCACCGAGAGGUCCCAGUCUAUCAUCACGAACUGUGCCACCGCCGCUGUACGAUCAGAGAUGACCUCCUCUGGCACAGAACCGCGUCUGGAUGAGCUCGUCCUCAACCUAUGGGACACUGAGUCCAUCGGUGUUGUGAACGCUGACCAGCGAUACCGCACACCAGCAAAACGUGAAGCGGAGGAACUGGCCACGGCUACCAUGCGCCAUGAUGGGCAGCGGUACGAAAUCGGUCUUCCCUGGAUCCGCCCAACUGGUCCGAACAUCACAUCAAACCGCGCUCAAGCUGAACAGCGCUUGAGAGGUCUAGAAAAGACCCUGUCAGCCAAGCCAGCGAUCCAGGCAGAAUAUCACCGCGUCCUUGCAGCACAUCUGGAGAAAGGGUACAUCCGGACUGUGCCUGAAGCCAUCGCCGCAGCAGACUGCCAGGACCAGUGGUGCCUGCCACACUUCCCAAUCGUCCGGGAGGACAAGAGCACCAGCAAGGUUCGUGUUGUGUUUGAUGCCGCUGCUGUCUGGAAAGGUCGCAGCAUCAACGCAGAAAUGCACACGGGACCACGCCUAGUACAUCGUUCGCAUCCUGUUGCGGUUCUCUGCUGA